AUGUACCCCAAUACCAUACCUGGAUCAUCAGAUGCUAACAUUCCAGUCAACCAAGCAAUUCUGUCCACAAAAAAUAAUUUUGUUGAUGAGGUGAACGACAUUCUCAUUAGCAAAUUUCCAGGUGAAGCAGUAGAAUAUCUUAGUUUUGAUAAAACCUUAAAUCCAAAUUAUCAGGGACAGUAUGAGGACUUUUUGAAUUCUCUUUCCCAAAGUGGACUUCCACCACAUAGGCUAAUCUUGAAGGUUAAUGCACCAAUAAUCUUGCUUAGAAAUUUAGAUCCUACUGAAGGCCUUUGUAAUGGGACAAGAUUAAUAUGCAGGAAUUUGAGCCGAAAUGUUAUUCAUGCUCAAAUAGUUAUAGGUGAUUUUGCUGGAAAAGAUGUUUUCAUCCAUAGAAUUCCGUUAGAACCUCCCACUGAUGAGCAAUACCCUGUCCCAUAUAAGAGAACUCAGUUUUCAAUCCGUUUUUGCUUUGCAAUGACAAUUAACAAAGCUCAAGGACAAACAUUAGAUUUUGUAGGUAUUUAUUUAAGAGAACAUGUGUUUUCUCAUGGCCAGCUUUAUGUGGGGUUAUCACGUUCAAGAACAGUUUCACAAGUCAAGUUACUCAUUAAGCUUCCAUUUUUUGAUAAAUCUAGAAUAAAUCAGACAAGAAAUAUUGUAUAUAGAGAAGUUCUUGAAGCUUCUCAAUUAGCUGUCAAGUAA